AUGGUCUGGUGUUGUCCAGGCCCCGAAGUCAUCUCUGAAAAAGAGGGAGCCACGGAUCCAAGAAAUGGACUCGUGCCUAAAAGUCAGCGAAAGUGUCGAGAUGGGAUUUGCUGCGUUGUGUUUAUAGUCUACUGGAUCGGCAUGAUUAUUGUAGCCAUCGUCGCUCUACAGACGGGUGAGCCUUUGAGUCUUAUCUACGGAAAAGACUACAACGGGAAUGUGUGUGGAGACGGUGACUACGUCAAUGCUCGCUUCACGACGUACCCUCGUCGGAACGAAGAUCUCUUGGUUGCAGCAGCAAACGGCGUAUCUCCGACUAAUGCAAAAUUCUUCGGUGUCUGUGUGGAAAGCUGCCCAAGUGCUGGCUCGAAAACCUGCACGUACGGUGGUGAGAUGUGUUGGGUUGUUGCUCAAGAAACCGAGCCAGCAUUGUGUCGCUGCUUGCCAGUAAUUGUCAGCAACGAAACCGUUCUUGAAGAAGUUUGCAUUGAUCCUGAAGGCGCUGAUUCAAACUGCACUGUGCAUCGGUACGAGGCUGGCGAGUGCAAUGCAAUUUGCAACACCAAACGUGCUCAUAAGGAAGUGUGGGAAGUGGAAGCUACUGGUGGCACCAGUCCAUUAUUGAGCCAGCUGCAAGGCAAUCUACAAGUUCUUGGGCGGUUCUUGAACGACAUGUAUGCUGCUCGUUCAGUUGUUCUACUGGUGGGAGGUCUUGGAGCUUUGAUCCUUGGCCUGCUGUGGCUGGUCGUGCUGCAAUUCUUCGCUGGUUGCGUGGUGUGGCUUACCUGUAUUCUUGUACUCAUCGGGUUGAUAUUACUGAGUUUGUUUUGCUCUGUACGCUCGGAAUUGAUAUCGUCAGAAGAUGUAGAAGCUCUAUCAUUUAUGAAUGCCACAUCUAUCGACACAACGGCAUUGGCGGUGACGAGUGAUGAGAACACCAAGCUACAGUUCAAGUCUGCUGCGUAUGUGUUGUGGGUGGUCACAGUAGUCGUCUUGUUGCUCAUUAUUUCAAUGCGUAAACGCUUGAAAGUCGCCAUUGCGAUUAUCCGUGAAAGCUCCAAGGCGAUGCAAAAACUUCCGAUGCUGUUGCUUUGGCCACUCGUUCCGACAGCAUUUUUCGUGGGGCUUGUUAUCUACAGUGUUGCUAUAGCUGCCUAUCUUUUGAGUUCGGAUGAUUUGUCGUCUGCAGUGAAGGAAGCUGCUGCGACGUUCAAUGUUACGAGUGAGUUACGCGCUGCCGAAGAGCUACCGGCUAAAAGAUUGCAACAAGUGCUACUCGCCUUCCACGUCUUUGGCUUUUUGUGGACAAACCAACUACUGCAAGCCAUCUCAAUCUGCGUCAUUGCUGGUGCCACCGCACAGUUAUACUGGACACCACCGUCGAGUAAUGGAAAACGCAAGAUGGAAGCGAGCUUUCCAAUAGCCCGAGCACUUGGAUACACGCUUCGUUUCAGUUUGGGAUCACUCUGUUUUGGCUCCUUCAUUAUCGCCUUCGUACAGCUCCUACGGAUUAUGCUCGAGUACCUCGAUCGAAAUACUAAGCAGAUCCAACAGACGAAUCGAGUUGUUCGUGUGGUGCUUCUCACUGUCAAAUGUUGUCUUUGGUGCUUCGAGAAGUGCAUUAAGUUCCUGUCCAAGAAUGCCUACAUCUUGAUCGCGAUGAAAGGUAGUUCGUUCUGUACAGCGUCAGCACGGUCCUUCAAGCUGAUCUUCAAGAACAUGGCUCGCGUGGCAGUGGUGAAUUCUAUCAGCUUUUUCUUGCUUUUCCUCAUCAAGAUGACCGUCACUCUCGCGGUUGGACUUGUAGUCUUCGCGUUGCUUUCCAAGUCAUCAUCACUCUCCUUAUCAGCAGAACAACUGUCCCUCUUGGGAGGUGCAACUGUAACUUCGCCAUUAGCACCGGCUGUUGUAGCGUGUGUGCUCGCGUGGCUGGUGGCUUCUGCCUUUGUCAACGUCUACGAUACUGCUAUCGACACUAUUCUGCUAUGCUUCUGCGAAGACACGGAACUCCAUGGCGAGACUGCAAGUGAGUUUAUGAGUAAGGAACUGCAGCAUAUCAUGGGUGGAAGUGUUGAAUAG